AGUGCCGGCGGGCCAUGGCGGCGGCCGCGCGGUGGCUGGGGCUGCGGGCGGCGGCGCCGGGGGCGGGGCGCGCGGCGCGCGGCUGUGUCGGGGGGGCUCGGGGGCCCGCGCCCCGGCUGGCGCGAGCUCGGCCGCUGCCCCCGUCUCCGCAGGCUUCGCCCCGCGCGGUCCGGAGGAGCGUCCUUGCGGUGCCCCCGCGCCCAGGGUUGGCCUGGGGGCCAAGCAGGCGGGGCAGCUCUGCAGCCCAGGCACCUGCCACGAAAGUGCCAGAGGACUCCUUCCUCCAUUGGUUUCUGCUUCUCAUUCCUGUGACUGCCUUUGGCCUGGGGACGUGGCAGGUGCAGCGUCGAAGGUGGAAGCUGAAGCUGAUCGCAGAGCUGGAGUCCAGAGUUGCUGCUGAGCCCAUCCCACUGCCAGCAGACCCAAUGGAACUGAAAAAUCUGGAGUACAGGCCAGUGAAGGUCAGAGGGCACUUUGACCACUCCAAGGAGCUGUACAUGAUGCCUCGGACCAUGGUGGACCCGGCCCGAGAGGCCCGGGAGGCCGGCCGUCUCUCUUCCUCACCCGAGAGCGGUGCUCAUGUGAUCACCCCCUUCCACUGCACUGACCUGGGAAUCACCAUCCUGGUAAACAGAGGGUUUGUCCCCAAGAAGAAGGUGCAUCCCGAUACACGGCAGAAAGGCCAGAUCCAGGGAGAAGUAGACCUCGUUGGGAUGGUGAGGUUGACAGAGACCAGGAAGCCCUUUGUCCCAGAGAACAAUCCGGAAAGGAACCACUGGCAUUACCGGGACCUGGAGGCCAUGGCCAGGCUCACAGGCGCAGACCCCAUCUUCAUCGACGCGGACUUCCGGAGCACAGUCCCUGGGGGACCCGUUGGAGGGCAGACCCGAGUCACUCUGAGGAACGAGCACCUGCAGUACAUCAUCACCUGGUACGGACUCUGUGCCGCGACAGCCUACCUGUGGUUUAACAAGUUCCUACGCCGGACUCCUGGCGUGUGAGCUCGGUGCGAGGGUGCCCCGGCUGCAGGCGUCAGCAGUCCCUGAUUUCCGAGCUUUGUUUUUAUCCGGGGUCAGGUACUCUUGGUGUAAAUAAACUUCUACGUGGUACACCUGU